GUUACACUUCAGCCAUCUCACCCCCUCCUCUUUCUCUCGUUUGCCACCUCCUUCGGUGGUGCUUUGUGUUGACGAAUGCCAAGAAGGGCAAGAAGCAAUAUGCAUAUCAACAAUCAUAAAAUUCAAUAUCCCGGCGGAUGCUUGAAUAAUACCGCGCUGGGAUUCGUUGCAUGGGCUGGUGGCAACAACAGGAUUACGAAUUGCAGACAAGCAUCCCUUUCAAUGGUUAGCAGCACAUAAACCUUUUUUUAGCUAUCCAGCUAUAAAAGAAGCGGGAGGAACCACCGCGCAACCAUCUUUUUUUCUGACACAACGACUUUCACCCAAUACCAUUGUAUCCAGAAUGAUAGUGCAAUUGUACAUACUAGCAUUGUUAUUACUGACCUUAUCUACGGCUAUUGUUGUCAAAGCAGACGACAUCAAUUACGCUGUCAUUGCAUUUCCUUCAGGCUCGCAAGGUGUGGCUGUCUCUGUAGACGGUCAGACCCAUCAAUUACAAGCUACCCAGUACCCAAACUUGUACCAAGGCAAAGCUCCGGCACCAUCUUCUUCUAGUACAUACCAAUACGUGCUGACCUCAGGUUCCGGAAACCAAGUUGAAACUACACAACGCAAUUUGGCCAAUGGUGCAACUUCUACUGGCAAUGAGUUCUUUAAUCGAUCACGUACCGUGUACGAUGUCCCAUCGUUGCCAGUGGCAUACCACCCUCUUUAUCCACCAUUGUUUACGGGCAUGAAUGUUUCAAACGAGAUUGCCACCAUUAUCUUGAGUCUCAAUCAAACAGGUUUCGACGACUACCAACAAAAUCCUUCCGGCGAUUUCGGCUAUGUCCAAGUGUACAACAUGACGUAUAUCUCAAGCAAACAAAUAUACACCUUCCAAGGAGUAGGCAUCAAGACAAGUGGUGGAUCCACCAAGGAUUAUACCAAGCAGUCGUAUAAAAUCAAGAUGGAUAAGUUUAAUAAGGAUGCCCCUGAAAAGCCCUUAUUGUUUGGACGAAGUGUAGUCAAGCUUCGAGCUCAUCCGACGGACAUGACAUUUGCGAGAGAGAAAUUACUUAUGGAUUGUCUUGCUGCAGCUGGCGCCGCCACUUUGUCCGGUAGCUGGACCCGUCUCUAUGUCAAUGACAAGCAAUUCGGAUUAUAUUUAAUGAUUGACGAUGCGUCGACCCAUUUCAUCGAUAAUGUUUUACACGCCGGGAACUAUUCUUACCCGUACACAGGCCCAACCUACAAAGGGAACGCACUCAGUGACACCGAGGAAGCGAAUCUAGCCUAUGUUGGCGAUGACCCGGAACUCUACUCAAAGUAUAUCUAUGACCCAAAGGACGAUGGCGAGCUCAAGCUGAACAAAUCCAAUGAAAUGGAGCCCAUUAUUGGCCUUACAAAGCGCAUUGCAUCCAAUGAAAGCGUUGAUACCAUUGUUGAUCCGAAGCACACGUUAAUCCAUAUGGCGUUCAAUUUCUUGACAGGAUCGUGGGACGGUUUCUGGUACCAGGCAAGCAAUUAUUACAUCAAUCAGAACAUUCAAUCCAACAAAUGGACGGUCAUUUCAUAUGAUUUUGACGAAACAUUCGGCAACGGAGCAGAAACCAGCAUGAUGACGAUCCCGUACACUGAAUUCAAAAAACCGGGUGGCAAUGUAACCCGACCACUUCAAGAUGCGCUCAUCCAAGGUUACGCUGCCGAUUUUGAGCAGAUUUUAACGACCGUCGUCAAGCGAUUUUUCAAGCCGAGUGUAAUACAACCUAUUCUUGAGGCUUGGGAACAAAUGCUACUCGAAGAUAUCACGUGGGAUAGAUCGAUUCCAGGUCAUUCGGCCAGAAAUAAGACCGAAGGAUUUACGGUGCAAGAUUUCAUCGUCAAUAUGAACUCGGCUCAAAGGGAUACCAUUGGUGUACUUGAAUGGGUGAGAGGCCGUUCGGCAGCCGUAUGCCAGCAGCUGAAUAUUAAUGACACAGACGUUGGCCUCCCGGUGCUGGGCCAUUACACCGGUGGUACAUACGGCGACGGCGCAGUUAUUUAUUCAGGGCAUCCGAAUGCAAAUGGAAACUCGGAUGGUACCACCCCUUCUGGUGACAGUAGUGAUAAUGACACGAGUGGUGCCAGUGGUAGUCAUAGCAGUUCCAUGUUCCUUUCUACAUGCAUUUUUGCCACCCUGUUCUCAGCAAUUAUUACCUUAUCCUGAUUAGACCCCCUCCCUAUAAUGCAUGAUCGCUGUUGUCAAAUUCGUCUUUUGCUCUCUGUCCCCUGUUAUGCAUAGCACAUAUACAGUAAUACUACCCCUUAAAAGAACAUUCAAUUUAUCCGACGUUUUCAUGAGUACAGUGUCUCCUAAUAAAGAGAGAACCUGG